GAGCGGGUGUGAGCUCAGCUGGGCGCAGAAGGUACCGGUGGCUGCAGGAGUUCCUGGAGGGACCCCAAGACUCGUGAGCAGGGACCCGCAGUGCGGGUUAUGCUGGGGGCUACGAUCCCUGCGGAUAAUCGGACCAUCGGGACAGCGCCAUGGGGGAUUUUCAGGAGGAGUACGAAGAGGGGCUGGAAGAGAUCCUAGAGCAGGAGGAGUAUGAAGAUCCAGGUGUCCCCGUACCCCAGGUGGAGGAGCCAGAAGCUCUCUUCACCGAGCCAACAGCCACAGACUACCACCAAACCACUUCCCAACCGGGCACCCACGAGGUCUACGUGGAGCUGCACGAACUCGUGAUGGACGAGAAGAACCAGGAGCUGCAAUGGAUGGAGGCCGCGCGCUGGGUGCGGCUGGAGGAGAACCUGGGGGCGGAUGGGGCCUGGGGCCGCCCGCACCUGUCCUACCUCACCUUCUGGAGCCUCCUGGAGCUGCAGAGAGCCUUCACCAAGGGGACUGUCCUCCUGAAUCUGCCGGAGACCUCCCUGGCUGGGGUGGCCAACCAGCUGCUGGACCAGUUCAUCUACGAGGAGCAGAUCCGGCCUCAGGACCGAGACGAGCUGCUCCGGGUCCUGCUGCUCAAACACAGCCAUGCUGGAGACCUAGAGGACCUGGGGGGUGUGAAGCCCACAGUUGUGACACGUUCCGGGGAGCCCUCACAGCCUCUGCUCCCCCAACACCCCUCGCUGGAGAUUCAGCUAUUCUGUGAACAGAGAGAGGGGGGCACAGCAGGCCACUCCCCAUCGGGAAUUUUGGAAAAGAUCCCCCCGGAUUCCGAGGCCACCCUGGUGCUAGUGGGCCGUGCCUCCUUCCUGGAGCGGCCCGUGCUGGGCUUCGUGCGGCUGCAGGAGGCCGUGGAGCUGGUGGACGCGGUGCAGCUGCACGUGCCCGUGCGCUUCCUCCUUGUGCUGCUGGGACCCGAGGCCUCUCACAUCGACUACACCCAGCUCGGCCGGGCGGCUGCUAUCCUCAUGUCUGAGAGAGUGUUCCGCAUGGAUGCGUACCUGGCCCAGAGCCGGCAAGAGCUGGUGCACUCCCUGGAGGGCUUCCUGGACUGCAGCCUGGUGCUGCCUCCCACGGACGCCCCCUCAGAGCAGGCCCUGCUCAGUCUGGUGCCUGUGCAGAAGGAGCUACUGCGAAGACGCUACCUGCCCAGCUCUGCCAGGCCAGACCCCAGAUUCUACAAAGGCCUAGAUUUAAAUGGGGGUCCAGGGGUCCCUGGUGGCCCGGAUGACCCUCUGCAACGAACAGGCAUGCUCUUCGGGGGCCUGGUGCGUGACAUAAAGCGCCGCUACCCUCGCUACUUGAGUGACAUCACGGAUGCACUCAGCCCCCAGGUCCUGGCUGCCGUCAUCUUCAUCUACUUUGCCGCCCUGUCACCUGCCGUCACCUUUGGCGGCCUCCUGGGAGAGAAGACCCAGAACCAGAUGGGGGUGUCGGAGCUGCUCAUCUCCACGGCGGCGCAGGGCAUCCUCUUCGCGCUGCUGGCGGCUCAGCCCUUGCUGGUGGUUGGCUUCUCAGGGCCCCUGCUCGUGUUCGAGGAAGCCUUCUUCUCGUUCUGCGACAGCAACGGCCUGGAGUACCUCGUGGGUCGUGUGUGGAUCGGCAUGUGGCUCAUCCUGCUGGUGGUGCUGGUGGUGGCCUUCGAGGGCAGCUUCCUGGUCCGCUUCAUCUCCCGCUACACCCAGGAGAUCUUCUCCUUCCUCAUCUCCCUCAUCUUCAUCUACGAGACGUUCUUCAAACUGGUCAAGAUCUUCCAGAGCCACCCACUGCAGAAGCAUUACAAAUACAAUGUGACGAUAGACCCUAAGCCUCAGGACCCCCUGCCCAACACAGCCCUCCUCUCCCUUGUGCUCAUGGCCGGCACCUUCUUCUUAGCCAUGACGCUGCGCAAGUUCAAGAACAGCUCCUACUUCCCUGGCAAGCUGCGACGGGUCAUCGGGGACUUCGGGGUUCCCAUCUCCAUCCUGAUCAUGGUCAUGGUGGAUUCUUUCAUCCAGGAUACCUACACCCAGAAACUCAGCGUGCCUUCGGGCCUCAAAGUCUCCAACUCCUCGGCCCGGGGCUGGAUCAUCCACCCUCUGGGCUUGUAUUCCCACUUCCCCAUCUGGAUGAUGUUCGCCUCCGCUCUGCCCGCACUGCUGGUCUUCAUCCUCAUCUUCCUUGAGUCCCAGAUCACCACGCUGAUCAUCAGCAAACCAGAGCGCAAGCUGGUCAAGGGCUCCGGCUUCCACCUGGACCUGCUGCUGGUCAUGGGCAUGGGCGGGCUGGCCACUCUCUUCGGGAUGCCCUGGCUCAGCGCCACCACCGUGCGUUCCGUCACCCACGCCAACGCCCUCACCGUCAUGGGCAAGGCCAGUGCCCCCGGGGCUGCAGCCCAGAUCCAGGAGGUCAAGGAGCAGCGGAUCAGCGGGCUCCUGGUCUCUGUGCUUGUGGGCCUGUCCAUCCUCAUGGGGCCCAUCCUGUCCCACAUCCCCCUGGCUGUGCUGUUCGGCAUCUUCCUCUACAUGGGGGUCACCUCCCUCAGCGGCAUCCAGCUCUUUGACCGCAUCUUGCUGCUCUUCAAGCCGCCCAAGUACCACCCGGAUGUGCCCUACGUCAAGCGGGUAAAGACCUGGCGCAUGCACCUGUUCACCGGCAUCCAGAUCCUCUGCCUGGCAGGGCUGUGGGCAGUGAAAUCCUUCCCGACCACCUCGCUGGCCCUGCCCUUCGUCCUCAUCCUCACGGUGCCCCUGCGGCGGCUCCUGCUGCCACUCAUCUUCCGGAACCUGGAGCUCCAGUGUCUGGACGCUGACGACGCCAAGCCAAGCCUUGAUGAGGAGGAAGGUCGGGAUGAAUAUGACGAGGUGCCCAUGCCUGUGUGAGAGGAGGGCCCAGGCCCCAGCCCUCUCCCCCACUCCACUGCUCCACGUUCUCCGGAAAAGCGGAAGUUCAAGGGCACCUCAUGGACUCCCAGGUCCCUCCUGGGGCAGCAGCUGAGGCCCUGAGGCUGUGGGUGGGGGAAGGAAGGGGUGUCUAGAAAACCUUCUAUGAUGUCUAGACUGACUUUUUUUUUUUUUUUGGGCUGGAAAUGGCCAGUGGAGGCCACAUUAGGGCAUCCACUGUGCAGCCCCUCCUGCUGCCCCGCUCCGCAUGGGGAUACCCUGCUGGGAGACUUAGAUCUGCACAGACUGGGGCAAUAGUGAGGGAGGGAGUGGGGAGGGUGGGUUCAAGUUUCAGCUUGCCAUGUGACCUUGGGCGAGUCCUUAACCUCUCCAGCCUCUGCUUUUUCUCCUGUAAAAUGGGUAUAUUGAUCAUAAAACCCACAUUACAGGAUGGUUACUGAGGACCAAAGAUAAAUGUGAACAAAGGGCUUGGUAAAC